AUGGCAUUCUCUGAUCCAAAACUUUGCGCGAACACCCAUUUGCACAAAGAAAUUUCGUAUUUUACCGCUUCACUUGCAACUGUUUUCUGCCUUGCAACUGUGAUUGGAAACGUUCUUGUUUGUUUAGCCAUUAUGCGGGAUCCAUUUAGAAAAAUGAAAACGCCUUUCCAUUACUUUUUACUGAGCUUAUCCGGGACAGAUUUACUCGUGGGAUUAUUAUUGGACCCCACCAUGAUAGCUGUCCACAUUAGAGAAGCAUGUGGCACGAUAAAUAACGCUGAUAACUUACAGACUUCUCACAUGGUCCAUAUGCUUUAUUUCAUUCUGGGUACGGCAUCAGUCUUAACGCUGGCAGCACUAGCGGCGGACCGGUAUGCCUCGGUAACAUCGCCAGUCAAAUACAGUACAAAGAUUACGUCCAAACGCGCCAUUGUAACUUCGGUGGUCAUUUGGGUUGUGUCGCUGGGUUUUUCUCUUUUAUACUUCAAACUCGGUUUCUUUUUGUACUCUUUCAUUUUUGCCAACACUGCUGUUUUUAGCACUUUUUUCAUUCUCCUAUUUGUUCACCGAAGUAUUCUCGGACGCUUGCGUGAGCGCUCGAAAUUUUGGCAAGAUCAGAGAGCUGUUGAAAACACAAUGUGUGAAAAACUACAAUCCGCAAAGAAGAUAAAGAACAUACAGAAAGAGAGCAAAGUAGCCAAGACGUUAUCGAUUGUUCUUCUCACUUUUCUUGUAUCCUUUGUACCUGCCUGUGUGAUAAUUUACCUGCUUAAUUUCUGUUUAAGCUGUAAUUGUCUGCUGGUACAUUGGUUAAGAGAUAUUCAGAAAUUAACCAUAUCCUUAAAUUCUGCUGUCAACCCCUAUUUGUACGCCUGGCGGCUUCCA